AGCGGCCACGCCGCCGCCGUCGCCGAUCCCUUUCGUCUCCCCGCCAGCUCCCUCUUACGGCUUUCCUCCCGCGAUCCACCGACCGAAUCCGUAUCCUCUGCGCGCGCUGGCGAAUGGGCGACCACUACCAGGCGUUGGGGCUCCGGCGCGACGCCACCAAGGCCGAGGUCAAGGCUGCCUUCCGCCGCCGCGCGCUCCGGGACCACCCCGAUCGCCACGCCGGCUCCACCGACGCUGCCGCCCGCGCCGACGCCUCGCACCGCUUCCGCCAGGCGGCCGACGCGUAUCACGUCCUCUCCGACGACCGCCGCCGGGCCGAGUACGAUCUCCGGCUCCGCCCCGCCUCCUCCUACGCGCGCGCAUCUCCCUCCUCCUCCUCGUCUUGCUACGGCUACGGCUACGGCUACGGCCAAAGAGGUGGUUCUUGGCGCCGGCCGCCUCGAGGGGGAGGUGGCGCCUCGGCGGGAUCAAUCGAUUGGGAAUUCUUGCUGAAGGCGGUCACGCGGCGAGGAUUCCUUAUCAAUCUGGGGUUCGCCAGUGUAUUGCUGUCUGGAGCAGCUUUUCUUGAUGGAAGUAUUCUAGAUAUUUGGAAGAUGAAUAAUUCUGGGAAAUCAUUUGAGGACGCAAUGGAGUCAAUUGAGAAGGUAAAAAAGACGCAGAAGGGUAAUAGGUAGAACUUGAGAAAUGCCGUUGAUCCUUGAUACAUAUACUGAUGUGUAAAUCUAUGUGCAUAUUGUUGUUCAGACCCUAAUGCACAAUAAUACGUAUGGGCUGAAUUUUUUUUUGUCAAAAAGUGGCGCUGGAUCCUUGUAAUCAUGUGGGCCUAUAUUCGCCCUUAGAAACUAUACUUGUAUCAAGAUUCUUCCAUUGCAAGAGACCGAGUUACACCACAAUUA